AAACUAGAAAUUCUACUUGAAUGCUCUCCAAAUCCCUUGCCCUUUGCCAAAAUCUCACGAAGCGUUUAUCAUCAGUGAAAUUAAUAAGUUCUAAAACAUUCAAGACUGCUGAUGGAAAACCACGAGAUGCACUGACAGUUCAUAAUGUAGAUUUCAUAAUUGAUCCUGAUGAGAAGAUGGUUGAUGAGUAUAUGAAAGUGUACGGAAAUCAGCGGUUGAAUUUCAAGCGAAAUGAUAUUGAUAUUUGGAGAAAGUCAUUCAAGGAUAGUUACUCUUUCUGGCUUGUAUGUCUGAAAGGAACUAACAAGAUAGUUCAAAUGUCACAUGUAUUGAAUUUCCCACCAUUGCCAGCUCAUAAUGAUAUUCUCCAUCAGUAUCAUGGAUUUUUCUGGGUUGAUCCUGAUUAUCGUGCAACAGACAGUAUGGCGAUUUUUGAUUAUAUCGAGAAACACAGGUCUCGGAAUCAAGCGGAAAAUGAUCUUGGCACAUAUCUGCCUCAUGCGGCGAACAUGAUCAAGAGAAUAUAUGGAACUAAUGAUUACCAGCAUAUCAUGUACGUUUCAUAUUACCAGCCAGAUGAGAUGCAGGUACCUGAUGAUUUGAAUCUUGAUGGAAUAUUCUUUAAAAAUGCAACGGAGGUACCAGAUAUGGAUAUUGUGAAAUAUGAUAACACUGUGUUUCCAUAUGAAAGAUCCAAGUACAUGUUAAAUCUUCUUAGAGAUCCUGAAGGUUUUGGAAAGGUAGCAUACGACAAUAAUGGAAAAGUGAUUGGAUUUGGAAAUGUGAUCAUCUAUCCAUCUGGUGAAUGUGUAUUGACUCCACUAUAUGCUGAUGAUAGUAAAGUGGCUCAGGCAAUAUUCAAAAGCAUUUUAAAAGAAAUUCCACUCAAUGACAAGAAGCUUUUGAGAUUCCAAAUAAGAUCAAUCGAUCGAUGUGAAAAUGCAUUUGAAUGGAUUCAACCCUUCGUUAAAAAUCCAAUAAGAAAAGAAAUCAUGGGAUAUAUGGCUGGUUCUUCUCAUCCUCCAACCGUCAAUUACAAGAAAACUUAUGCAAAUACGCCGUACACCACCUGCGCCAUCUGAAUCAGCACGAGUAAUUGAUGCAUCUUUAAGGAAGUUGAUAAAACGAUUUAAUAUAUAAAUUUAUUAAAUGUUCAAA